AUGAUGGUACUAAACUGUUCCACCAAAUUAGUGAUAUUGGAGAAAAUAUUAAAGAGUCACUUUCCUGAAUCACUCAAGGUUUAUGGAGCAGUGAUGAACAUAAAUCGUGGAAAUCCCUUUCAAAAGGAAGUGGUUUUGGACUCAUGGCCAGACUUCAAAGCUGUCAUCACCCGGAGAAAGAGAGAGGCUGAGACAGAUAACCUUGACCAUUAUACUAAUGCCUAUGCUGUAUUCUACAAGGACGUCAGGGCUUACCAACAACUUUUGGAAGAAGAUGAUGUCAUUAACUGGGACCAGGUUUUUCAAAUACAAGGGCUUCAGAGUGAGCUAUAUGAUAUUUCCAAAGCUGUUGCCAAUUCGAAGCAGUUGGAUAUAAAGCUAGCUUCCUUCAAAGCUGUUCAUUUUUCUCCUGUUUCAUCUCUGCCGGAUACCAGUUUCCUAACAGGCCCUUUACCACGGCUCACCUACCUGAGUGUGGCUGAUGCUGAUCUGCUCAACAGGACAUGGUCAAGGGGCAGCAAUGAACAGUGUCUCAGAUACAUUGCCAACCUCAUCUCCUGCUUCCCCAGUGUGUGUGUCCGUGAUGACAAGGGAAACCCAGUGUCUUGGGGUAUCACAGACCAGUUUGCCACCAUGUGCCAUGGCUACACCCUGCCUGAGCAUCGCAGGAAAGGUUAUAGCAGGUUGGUGGCCCUCACACUGGCCAGGAAGCUGCAAAGCCGGGGAUUCCCCUCUCAGGGAAAUGUCCUGGAUGACAACAAGGCCUCUAUAAACCUCUUAAAGAGUGUUAAUGCUCAGUUUCUGCCUUGUCGUUUUUAUAGGCUUAUUCUAACCGCUGCACCUGUCUCUGGCCAAGCUCACCUAUAG